AGGAGCUUACUGUCUCUGCCCACAUGUCCAAGACACACUUUGCCAGGUCAAUGAGAGCAGCAGCUGUCAAGUAUGAGGAGCUCAUUGGCGAAGCCUCAGACCAGUCUUCAAAAGGGAAGCAUGUUCCGGCUAAGUUUCAGAGGUCAAGCACCUCAACCACCAGUCGAGAAUUUUUAGAGUGGUGGAAGUGGGAUAGUAUUGGUGCUGCAUGUGAGCCAAAGUGUGGGGGUUGCCGUUGUGGAAAUUGCCAGCCAGGUGGGAAAGAAAUGACACUGGCUGAGGAAAGAGAGCUUGAAAUAAUAAGAGAAGGGCUCACCUAUGUCACAGGUGAUGGUCACAGCGAGGAACCACACUGGCAUGCCAAGUACCCCUGGGUUGAAGAUCCAGCGUCCUUACCAGACAACAAAAGAGGAGUUGAGAGCACAUUCCUCCGGACAGAGAAGCAGUUGGCCAAGGAGCCUGAAUGGAAAGCCGCUUAUGCCGCUCAGGUGCAUGACAUGGUGGAGCGUGGGGCUGCAGUCAAGUUGUCCAAGGGCAUGAUCAGUAACUGGGAUGGGCCAGUGUGGUACGUGAGUCACCUCAUUGCUCCGAAUCCUCACUCUGUUACAACUCCAGUGAGGCUUGUCUGGAAUAGCAGCCAGAGGUUUAGAGGUGUGAGCUUGAACGACCUGCUAAUAAAGGGUCCAGAUGUCCUCAACCAGAUUCGGGCAGCUCUCCUCAGAUUCAGAGGCGGAGUGUAUGGCGCCCUUGGUGACAUAAAAAAGAUGUACAAUUCAGUUUGGUUGGAGGACAGAGAGAUGAACCUGCAUAGAUUCCUCUGGCGGGACUCUGAGGAUGACGAGCUAGAGGAAUAUGCAAUCACAAGGGUGAAUAUUGGAGAUAAACCGGCAGGAUGCAUUGCACAGCUGGCAAUGCGUGAAACUGCCAGCCUUUCUACCUUUUCCCACCUCAAGGAGGAACGUCAGGUACUCCAGCAAGACAGUUAUGUCGAUGACAUCCUUACCUCUCACAAUGACAUGAACCAACUAGAAGUCAUUACAGAGAACAUUGGGCGAAUUCUAAAGGCUGGAGGAUUUGAGCUGAAGCCUUGGGUCUUAUUUGGGCAAAGUGGGAGGAGGAAGCGCGAUGACAAGGGUGAGAAGACAAGGAUGAAAACCAUAGUCCUACCAAACCAAAUGCGUGACGAAGAAAACAAAGCUCUUGGUCUGGGUUAUACAGUGGAAGAAGACAAGCUUCAUGUCAUGGUAGCAAUCAACUUCUCCAAGAAGAAGAAAAAGAUGCGAGUUGGCCAAGACCUUGUCCAGGAGCAGAUUAAGACCCACACGCCAAACCCGCUGACACGAAGAGAGCUUCUCAGUCAAGUGUCAGGGUUGUAUGAUCCAGUCGGUUUGGUCACUCCUGCAAAGCAAAAAGGAGCAAUCUUAGUUCGCAGAGCAUUCCAAGAGACAAAAGUUGAAAGCUGUUUGGUCAAGGACACUUGGGACAUGGCGCUCUCAGAUGCCCUGAGGGAGGACGCCAUUAGGCUUUUUGAGGAGUAUGCCCAGCUCAGCAAAGUCACAUUUGCCAGGGCGCUAACUCCCCCAUGCUUCACCGAAGAACCCUGGGCUAUUACUUUCUCCGAUGGAAGUGAGCAAACCUAUGGGGCAGUGUUGUACUUAAGGUGGAAUUCAGAUCAGGGCUCAAUCAUUAGAUUGGUGGAGUCCAAAGCUAAGUUAACGCCAUUGGACCACAAAGGGGAUGUUGUCAAAGCAGAGCUGUGUGGGGCAGUGUUUGCCUCACGCCUAAAGAAAUACUUUGAGGCGCAAAGCCGGAUUCAGGUUGAGAGGUGGUAUCACUUUGUCGACAGCCAAACCGUCAUUGGGGCAAUACAGAGGGAGAGCUAUGGUUAUCAGACCUUUUUCGCAAAUAGGAUUGGAGAAAUACAGAGCAGCACAAGGACUCAAGAUUGGUGGUGGAUCCCUGGCCCUCAGAACAUUGCGGAUGUAGUCACAAGAGGAGCCAGUCCCAGAGAUCUAGAUGAAGACUCAGAAUGGCAAAAUGGUCCAAAGUUCUUGAGUUUGCCUGUGAGCGAGUGGCCAGUUAGGUCAGCGAAAGAGUUAGCCGUCACUGCCAAAGAAAACGUCAAUAAGCUGCAAAGAAAGGCAUUUGUCGCUGCCUUGACAAGGGCCGAGGUAAGAGGGCAAGAAGAAAAGCAAAGUCGGGCUGAGGCCCAGGGAGAGCAGCGAAGACCACCUGCAGGGUCAGUCAUCAAGAACCUUGUAGAUGUCAAGAGGUCCAGUGACCUAACCCGAUUGGUAAGAUCAGUUGCUUGGACUUGGAGAGCAGCUAGAAAGUUUCUUGGGGGAAAUCCAGCUGCUAAUGACCCAAAGUGGGAGGCAGUCCCGUUGGCAGGAGUAAUUUCAGUGAAGGAACGUGAAGAUGCCCUAAGAGACAUCUUCCUUGCAGCACAAGACAGCGCAGUCUUUCCAAACACUACUACAGAUAGACUGGUAGUAUACAAAGACCCAAGCUCUGGGCUCUUUGUUUGUGGUGGCCGAGUGCAAGCUUUUAAGAAAGACCAGAUUAGUGUUCCCAUCUUGGCUUAUGAUGCUUGGGUGUCUACACUGUUAGCCCGGGAGGCCCACAAUGAGAGUCAUGAGGGAGUUGCUGGGACCCUGCUCAGAAUGAGGAAGAAAGCGUGGGUCAUAAGAGGGAGAAGGAUUGCUCAAAAGGUUGUUGAUGGUUGUGUGGUUUGCCGGAAAGCAAAAGCACAGAGUUGCCGGCAAAUAAUGGGCGACUUACCUCCGGAAAGAACUCAACCUGCUUUACCUUUUGAGUUCACAACAGUGGAUCUCUUUGGACCCUACCAAGUAAAGGAUGACGUCAAGAAAAGAGUCAUGAUAAAGGUUUGGGGGGUUGUAUUCUGUUGUAUGGCCAGCAGGGCGAUUCACACGGAGUUAGUAAACUCCUUGUCGACUGAAGGCUUCUUGAUGGCUUACCAGAGAUUUACAGCAAUUAGAGGACAUCCAAGAAAGAUCUGGUCAGACCCAGGCACCAAUUUCAUAGGAGCAAAGCCUGUCUUGAAGGAACUUUACAGAUUCUUGGAAAGUCAGAACAAGUUCGUCUUGGAGGAGACUGCGGCAAAGAAUGGAACAGAGUGGAUGUGGAAAGUUAAUCCAGCUGAUUCCCCACAUAGGAAUGGAGCUGCUGAGGCUGCUGUGCGCAUUGUGAAGAGAGCGCUCCAGAGUCUUGGAAGGGACUCCGGGCUAAGUUACAGUGAGUUCCAGACAGCUCUUCAUGUGGCAGCUAACCUUGCAAAUGAGCGCCCGAUUGAUGCCAGAGUACAGAGUCGGGAAGGUUGCAUUCAUUACCUCACACCCAACAGUCUUUUGCUUGGUCGAGCAUCUCAAGAUGGGGACUUCAAGAUGUUUGACUUUUCCAUUUACCCCUAUAAGAGACUCCAGGCGAUUCAGGCAGAAGUGAGCAAGUUUUAGAGGUCCUGGAGCCAACUUGCUGGCCCUAAUUUGUUUGUAAGGAGCAAGUGGCACACUGCACACAGAAAUGUCGCUGUUGGAGAUGUUGUCUGGUUAAGUGAUCAGAAUGCGCUGAGAGGACACUUCAAGAUGGGCAUAGUUGUCAGCACUAAUCCAGACAAAAAAGGUAUUGUGAGGGACGUCAAUGUCCGGGUAUGCUCAAGUUACAGCGGUUCUGUGGCUAAGUCCUUGAGAGCGAAGGACUUAAGCUCUGGUUCAAAGGGAGCGACUCCGGUGACUCAAGCUACCAUCCUUCAUAGAGACGUCAGAUGUCUAGUUGUUCUAUUACCUGUGGAGGAGCAAAAUGGAACCAAGCCGUCACCAUCAUGCUUCAAUGGGAUGAGUUAAACAGCGGUUUGCUUGUGAAGUUGGCGAUCUCCCGUGUUCCAAGGGAAGAUCGAGUGGGAGGUGUCAAGUCAAACCGAGUAGGAGGUGGAGAGCCUGAGGUAAAAAAGUAAAAGUGGUAGACUGGAGGGCGGAACUAAUCUUGUGUCUGGGUUUCUGUCUGGGAGGAAAAAGAAGGUGAACUGGGGAACAACAGGAAGUUGCCACUUACGGGAAAACCCAGCAUAAUUCUUUCAACAAGUUGUCACCAACAUGGAUAGUGUGUUGAACUGAUGUAUCUACAAAGCCAGGGAGGCAGCCGUGGCUUUUUCACUGAUGAUGAAGUGGACUGAUGACAGAUGAGAGUGGAUAGUGGUGGAGCCCUUCAGCAUAGCACAGCUCAGUUCGAAUCAUGGUGUUUCUGCCUCAUGGGACCUACCUCCUCAUACAGCUGACUCUGGCUGUAAACCAAUGGGUCGUGCGUCAUCAUAGAACUUUGAACUUGGGAGAAAUCCAGAGUAUCCAGAGAGAACCCACAUAGACAUGGAGAGGACAUGCAAACUCUACAGGGAAUGGACCUUCUUGCUGUGAGGGUCGUGGGGGGGCUGGAGCCUAUCCCAGCUACCAUAGGAUGCUCCAAGACAGCCUUCCAGUUUUGUCCAGAUGCUGCCUGUUGAGCUUCACAAUGAGGGAAGGGUCCAGGAUGAACGAGUGGGGGAUUCACGAGUGCUCCUCUCAGUCCACCAAGAUCUGGAAGUUACAGGCUUUUAACUGGGAGACAUGGAAGGGGGGAUGAAUUUUCAUCAAAGGAGAAAACUUGAGAUGGAUGGCAAAUUGAAUAAUCAAUCGAUAUCAUCAAAACAUCCAGCUAGGUGCCGUUCUGGUUUUGUUGCAGUUGCUGUAGAAGAAUUGUUGCUGUUGUGCUCAGUCUGUGUAUCCAGGCUGGCUUCCUUGCUCUGCUAUUAAUACACAACAAGUCUCUGUUUGAGGGACUGCCAGACAUCUCUGAAGUGUCACUCAUGAAAUAAUGCUAAUGUCUCACCUCCUGCACUUUGUUCAGUCCCACCUCUUGCUGUCAUUCAUUGCGUGUAAAUUCCAUGUGCACAAUGGAAAGAUUAUGCACAUAAUACUAAUAUGGAACAAAGACACCCUUCUCCUAAAGCCAAAAAAUUUGCAAAGCUACAAAUUAAUACCAUUUGACUAAAAUAAUAUGCAGCAUCUGUAAUAUAAAGAAAAGCAAUUUAACUAUGUUUAGCACAGGUGUAAGAAAUUGGAUUUAAUAAUAUGAAUGAUUAGAUUAUAUUAACCCUAGUAGAGAUCAAAUUAUUUAUUUUGUAUUUUUUUAGCUUGAUGUAUUUAUGUUUUUUUGUUUUUUACUUUUUAAUGUUUUGGGAGCAAUAAUUCAGAAUGAAAAUGCAUUCAGUUUUCUGUCAUUUAUAAUUUAUGUAAAAGCUAAUGAGAAAAUCAUUUGAUAAAUGUAUCUGGCAGCAUUUCUUUUGUUCUUUGGGCAGCCCUUUCUUUUAUAAGUUCUGUUCCUUUGAAAUGCAAAGAUAUGAGGUACAUAUCCAGAUGUUUUCUCAACAAGAAAACAUCAUCUCUGCAAGUGUACUUUAUGUAAAUGAUUUUACUACGGUUGCAUAAAUACCGUUACUGAGAACUUUGCUUUGCAUGCACUUAUGUCACUAUUGUCAUGUCUGCCUUUACAAUCUUUGGAGAGUUUGGAGUAAUUCUCCAGACUAAUCUGUCAUCAAAUGGGAGAUAACAGAUUUUUCAGGAUAGAACUGAGAAGCUGUUAAUGAAGAUAUCACACAGUUAUUUCUGUUAAAUGCAAAGUGUUUCAACUAUGUAAUGCCAAAGGUAAUAUGAGUUGAUGAGUUCAGUUCAUGUGUGUGUUCGCAGUUGUCGUGUAUGACUUGGUGUUGUUAACAUUUCAGUAUUCAGGUGAACAGCUGAAGCAGUUGGCUGAAAGUGAGGAAGGCUGCCGGUGUAUCUCUCCUCUGAUCUGGCAAAGCCUCGGGGUUAGAGAUAUGAGUAGAGGGCUCGCCGGUGUAGCUCUGAGACCCAGUCAGCCUCUGCGGGUGAGAAAAUCUGGACUCGACCCAGUGGGAGUCGAGCAGGGGUGGGCCAUAACACUUCAAAUACUGUGUAAGGGUUAUGUGAUCCUCUCAGCACAUGAGAGCCACUCCGGCGUGAAUGUGAGCAACUGAGAAAGGAAAGGAAAGUCAGUGAGCGAAAGGGAAGAAGAAGGACAAGCAGGAGGAGAGAGAGAAAGCAGCAGAAGUCAUAAAGAAUAAAUCACUAAGCUAAAUGAACAAGGGAAUGAAUGAAAAAUGAGAAGAUGGGCAGAACAGAAUGUGUAGAGAAGUCAGUCAGACAAAAAGAAAAGGAAGUGGGAGAUUCAGGAAGGGUGGGGGGAGACACAGAGAGGGAGAGGCAGAGAAUUGAGUGUUCAGUGUUGUAAGUAAUGGCAGCACUGCAACCUUAAUGCGGUGCUGCGCUGUGUGUGUCUGAGAAUGUGCACUUUUGUCUCUUUAUGAAUGAAGUUAAAAGUGUGUACGCUCUCUGUGUGUGUAAUUGUGUAUUGCAGGAGUAAUGGGGACAUAUGCAUUUUUGUGUAUAUGGUUAAACAAACCAGAGGUCAUGCAGCAAGCAGCAAGUGCCAGUAUGUACGUAAUGUACAGUAGUGAAAGAUGCUGUAAAAGAAAAAAGAAAAAAAAGGCAGGGGGCUCUUCCUCCUUUUCAUCUGCCUGCCAGCUCAAAUCAGCGCCACCCUUUUCAUCAAAUGUGACAGUCACAACCGUCAGAGUCUAUUCUAAAAUCGCUGCCACACGGCUGUUACAGGCCUCAGUGGCAGAGCUCUGCUUACAGCGGCUGACAGAAUCACGUUUCUGCACCGGCCAAAGGGGGUGGAAGAGAGUGAGGGAAGUGGAGGAAAAAGAAAAAAAGGAGAAAAAGCCAGGGAGAUAGAAGACGGUGGGAAGAGGGUGGCUGGGCAAUGUUGUUGUUGUUUUUGUAGUCGCAUGGGUUAUGCUGUUGCAUUUAACAGUUUAUAAACUCAACUGAAACCACAUGUCAAGAAGGUGUUGACACUUAUAAUUCUAAUCUUAUACUGUCAUGCAGCAUCAUCUCAUAAAGGUGGAACAGUCACAACAAAUAGCAAAUUUUUUUUCCAACUCACAGUCAGUUAUCAUAGAUUCGAAACUUGCCCAACUUUAAAGAAAUAAAAAUAUGUUUAGUACCCAAAAUAAACAGUUGGCCUCUGUGCAUAGUUUCCACCUUUAUAUUAAAUGUACAGUGAGUGAAUUUUUUUAUUGCCUUUCCGCAGCCCUUUAAGCUUUACCAGUAUCCUAACAGGUGAGUUAUAAAAGGAAUCCAGAUGUUGGAGCCUAAGGUCAUUGGCUCACUGGUGGAUUCUGCCAUUAAAGGAAUUGUUUUCUUCACUUUCACAUUUUUCAGCCUUGUAGGGUGCUCCUAGCUUGCGCAAGUGGUCACUAGUGGUAUGGCAGAAAAAAAAGUGUCAUUUUCUAUGUAAAAGUAAAACUGUAAAACUGAUGAGAGGAUGCCUCAAGGUCAAUGAAUGUUUUUAAUAUUAUACAUUAUUGAUUUAUCAUUUUCAUUUUAUGUUAAUAAAAUUUCUCCUGCAUGUGGAAAGGUGAUUUUUAUUUUCAUUCAUUAUUUUCUUUUGACAUCCACCAAACCAAAACUUGAUGUGACAGAUUGUCCUCUGCAUAAAUCGACCCUCUGACCAAUGCAAUUCUAUUCAAAUUAACUGACUUCAUUGUUAUGGUUUGCCAUUGUAUUAACAGAGCCAGGGCUCAGACCUGGAUCACUCAAUAUCUUUAUAUUGAAAGAGCAA